CACAAUGUCUCGCGCUUUGAAGACAGCAGGUUUUUGCUGCCGCUGGACGACGGGCAGCUACGCGGCCAGCGGGUCUUUCCGCACACCGAUGGUUACAUACAACGAGAUCCACCAUGCAAGCGGAACCGUCGUCGUCCCAGCCUUCCAUUCCCUCUUUUUCGUUAUCUUCGACUCAGCCAUUGGUGGAGUUGGCGAACAGAGAUUCCAACCAGUCCAGUCUUGAGCAUCCACAGAACAAAUCAGAAUUUGUACUGUCUACUGUGGACAAGAUUGCGAAUUGGGCGCGACAAGGCUCGCUCUGGCCUGUGACCUUCGGUCUUGCGUGUUGUGCAGUGGAGAUGAUGCACAUGGCCGCUGCCCGGUACGACCAGGACAGACUGGGAAUCAUCUUCCGAGCCAGUCCUCGACAGAGCGAAGUUAUGAUUGUUGCCGGUACACUCACGAACAAAAUGGCACCUGCGUUACGGAAAGUGUACGAUCAAAUGCCUGAACCUCGAUGGGUUGUGUCAAUGGGCUCGUGCGCCAAUGGAGGUGGAUAUUACCACUAUUCCUACUCGGUUGUUCGUGGAUGUGAUCGGAUCGUUCCGGUUGAUAUAUAUGUACCUGGAUGUCCCCCGACAGCAGAGGCGCUCCUAUAUGGGAUGCUGCAACUGCAGCGCAAGAUGCGACGCAGCAGGAAAGCGGUUCUUUGGUACCGCAAGUAACUCUUUUGAAAAGCUGAUGGUUACAGUCGUAUCAUUGAUUCUGAACAGUGUAUAGAAUCAGACAGAGUAUUUUUGCCAACUUUAUUUCAAUUGCCGUCUAGUUGGCAGAGCUUGAGACAAUAAUAUGUACAAAAGCAACUGCAAAAAAGAUAAAUAUUCCAUUGAUUGUCGUUGUAAA